UUCCAUGAAGCGUUGAACAGUGCCUGGGGAAUAAUGCAUAGAGGGAUGGAUUGUGACAGGCUGGUUCUCUCUAAUCCUUCUCUCCCUAUCUGUUUUGCUCUCUCUUCCUAGGCCCCAUUAUGGUCAUAGUGCCAUGGGCAAACGUUGCAUUUUUGCCGAUUGCAACUCAGUCAGAAGACAUUAGCAAUACCCCUCCUAGAAAUGUUGGUUACUGCAGUUAAGUAGCCUAGCCUACCUGCACUUUACUCAAGCUAAAGGGAGUUUGACAGCUUGUUGGGCAUAAUUGCUGCUCUCCAUUCAACAUCUUCAUUGUUGCAUGUGUGUAGCACGUGUGAGUAGCCUAGGCUAGCCUAAAACCAAGCAUGCAUUAGCAUAGAUUCAGGAAUUAAAUUGUCCAUCUAUUAACUGAAAACCGAAUCCCCAUCCCUGUAACAUUGCAUGGAUCUUACCUGAUAACUUUUCAUUGCCAAAAGUUACAACUUGUGGUGUAUUUUAGUGUAGGCGACAUCAUGCGAGAAGAUUACAAUCGGUAACAAGGCGCGGGAAGAAGAGGAACAGCACGAGACUGUUUUACUGACAGAGAACGGCCGUCUGUCCUGCCGGUCUAGAUAGUUCGUGUCGGUUUGCUCUUGUUGUGUUUUUGAAAUAUCACAUAGUGGCGACUCUCUUUGAUAUGAUAUAUGUUUGGUAAACCUUUACAAGAUUAAAGGUCUAAAUGGGGCGCCAUGUUGGCGGAAGUUAUGUUAACUCUUUGACAACUUGACUGGCAUUUUCUGCGCUGUGAAAAACGUGUAGGCUAUUUACAUCAACAAGUAAACUUGAGCAAUAAUGGACCAAGCAACCACAAGUCUAGUUCCAGAAGUGUUCCUCGUGACGAGGGCUCCAACAAAAUGGUCCCUAGCCUUGGGGCAGCAGUACUCGUCUCUGGGCUCCCAACCCAUCCUGUGUGGCUCUAUCCCCGGCCUGGUGCCCAAGCAGCUGCGCUUCUGUCGCAACUACAUCGAGAUCAUGCCCAGUGUGGCCGAGGGCGUGAAGCUGGGCAUCCAAGAGUGCCAGCACCAGUUUAGGGGGCGCCGCUGGAACUGCACCACCAUCAAGGACAACCUGGCCAUCUUCGGGCCCGUACUGGACAAAGCCACCAGAGAGUCGGCGUUUGUCCACGCCAUCGCCUCUGCGGGCGUGGCGUUUGCUGUAACGCGGUCCUGCGCUGAGGGCACGUCCACCAUGUGUGGCUGUGAUUCCCACCACAAGGGUCCCCCGGGGGAGGGCUGGAAGUGGGGCGGCUGCAGCGAGGACGCUGAGUUCGGGGUGCUGGUGUCCAGAGAGUUUGCCGAUGCCAGAGAGAACCGGCCCGAUGCACGCUCUGCUAUGAACCGGCACAACAACGAGGCAGGACGCACGACCAUCCUGGACCACAUGCACCUUCGCUGUAAAUGCCAUGGCCUGUCUGGCAGCUGUGAGGUGAAAACGUGCUGGUGGGCACAGCCCGACUUCCGCAUGCUGGGUGACUACCUGAAAGACAAGUAUGACAGCGCCUCGGAGAUGGUGGUGGAGAAGCACCGAGAGUCGCGUGGCUGGGUGGAGACGCUGCGCGCCAAGUAUGCCUUCUUCAAACACCCCACGGAGCGUGACAUGGUCUACUACGAGGGCUCGCCCAACUUCUGCGAGCCCAACCAGGAGACGGGCUCGUUCGGCACCCGCGACCGUGCCUGCAAUUUGUCCUCGCACGGCAUCGAGGGCUGUGACCUGCUCUGCUGCGGCAGGGGCCACAACACCCGGACUGAGAAGCGAAAGGAGAAGUGCCACUGCAUCUUCCACUGGUGCUGCUACGUCAGCUGCCAGGAGUGUGUGCGUGUCUACGACGUACACACAUGCAAGUGAGAGCCUGUGCGCUCGCUCGGACAGACGGACAGAAUGAUGGACCAUAGUGACCAUCGCAGACACACAAACACACACACUGCAGUCCUUGCAUAUAUACAGACAGACAGACAGGCACCAAUGAGGAAUGGCACUUUGUACUGGAACUCUAUUCUUCUGCACCCUUGUAAUAAAAAAAAAAACAUAUCCUUCUUCCAAGCCCUGCAUCCUCCUCCUCUAUUUGAGUAGGUAGUUCCACGAACGGACAUAUGGGAGGGCCCAUUUCCUUUGGAACAAGCUGUCAGUUUGACCUGUUCCCAUUCCUGCACCAUUGGGCCAUGACCCCUUCUUUAUU